UGGAGUUUCAGCCAAGGAGUCGGGGACGCGCACCCAGCUGCGUCUGUGAUCUCUGCGCUCGUUCACGAGCAUGUAAACACCUGACCGCUGCAGUGGGACUGAGCCCGCAGAUUUUUUCCAAGUAGAAGACCAAACUCCUCUGCAAAGCUUCCUGUUGAUUCCACAGCUGUGUUGAUUGUGAGCAGGAUGGCGGACGAGGAGAAGUCGGUAUCAGAGGAGCAGACGGUGGACCGCGGCCCGCUGCCGGACUCCAGGCGGCGGACUCGGCUGUACUGCAUGAAUGGCGGACACCACCUCCAGAUCCUCCCUGAUGGGACGGUUCAGGGCCUCAGGGAUGACGAGGACGUCCACAUUGUUUUAAAGCUCAAAGCUGUGGACAGAGGUGUAGUGGUCAUCCAAGGAACAGAAGCCGGGCGAUACUUGGCCAUGAGCGACGAGGGCCGAUUGUACAGUUCCCCCACAGUGACUGCUGAAUGUUACUUCCUGGAGAAGUUGGAGGAGAACCACUACAACACAUAUAUACCUCAGAAAUAUCAGGAGAAGAACUGGUACGUAGCUCUGAAAAAGAAUGGAAAACCUAAACUGGGUCCUAGAACUCACAUCGGACAGAAGGCCGUCUUCUUUCUGCCCCGACAGCUGAGUGACUCCGGGGAGUGAAGACACUCUCAGCACACAGAGAUACCUCCACCUAAAUGGAUGUGAGCUGCACCGAGAUCCACUUUAGUUCAGUACACCUAAAUUCAACCUUUUAGUUCAUGAACUGGGCCAGAACAAGAAUGAAUGUUAUGAAAAGGGUUGAUGAGGAGCUGGCUUGCAGAAAUCUGUCAAGAACAAAAGGGGGUGAAGUUGCAAUAAUUUAACCGAUUAGGGAAAGGACCAGCUAGCAUCUGAGCUAAAAUAUUGUAUGUAUGUCAUCAUCUUUUUUUCCCACUAACACAUCCCAUUUUUGCUGGUGGCAGGUCUUCUUAUUGCAAAACACGAAGAGCAAACAAGAAAACACACACACACACAUAUAUAUAUAUAUAUAUAUAUAUAUGUAUAUAUAUAAUAAAAAGUAGUAUGAUGUAGCACAUUUGGUCACCCGAAUUAGUAAUUAUCAUAUAAAAUUGUCUCCAGAUGUCAAUGAAGAACAGAAGCAGGAAUAAGUAAUUGCUUAAAUGAAUUAGUAAAUGCUUAAUAAAAAAUGUCAGAACUACCGCACUCCUUUGAAUGCAAAAUGACACAUGUAACCCGGCGCUGACUGUGAAUGUUGUUAGUUUGUUGGAAGUCAUGUGCUUCGAGUCCUUUCUAGUUUGAGUUUUCUACAGUCAACACUUUGCUCUCAACGAGUAAUGCCUCUGCAGAUUAGAAGACAAAAAAAGUAUUUUACAGCUUGAAAAGGGCUGUUGAGCCACUUACCUCUCUGUACAACAGGAUGUAAAGCUGAAAAACUAAUUUCUUAUUUCCAGCAGGUACACUUUGUUGCCACCAAUGUGUAAAAUUACUAAAUGACCAAGUGCAUCACUGAACAGACAAAAGCUGCCACUCUGUUACAACCUUGAGCCACACACACACAAAACUUUGCUUCAUUAUACUAACCUGUAAAUAGAAUCAAGACUGUUAUACAAUCCAGACAACUCAGAAAAGACGCAUUAAAAGUGACAUUUAUUUAACAAACGUUUUCUGUACAGUUUCAUAACAACAAAACCCCAAGGUUGCAGCUUUACAUCACAGAGAAAUAAGCAUAAUGAGUCUGUAGCAAAGCCAUGGCAGAAGUAUGAAGUUAACUGAUUAAACAGUUCAGUUUGCUGGACCAGACUAAAACUAUUAUCCUGACACGUCAUUUCGCUUAGAGAAUAAAAACAAAAACCCCUGCGUCAGUCAUUCCUUAUUUUAUUUGUCUGGGACUUAAAAUGAUAGGAACAUCCUUUUGGGUUUUAUUGGUUAUGUUUCUAAAAGUGCCCCUGCAUACAACAUUCUUUGAUAUAGUUUUGAUGUCCACAAGAUAGUUAACACCUUAUUAAAUCAUUAAAAAAAAU